ACUUCGCACUGCUUUGCCUGCGUCACAGGCUCGAACGCUCUUCCCCUGCGUUACAACCACAUACGGUUUGAGUUGUCCCAACAAGGCAGGCCUUGCGGACUUACUCCAAGUUCCUUGCAAUAGCACCGUUGUAUCUCGACUUCGAGGGGGCAUUAGCAUUCUGUUGAGCGACCUUGGUGGCAUUUCAAUCUGCGCAAUUAUGCAGAGUUAUUCUUUUGCAGCACCUAUUGGUGCCCCAAGAGAAGGGCAGAAAAACUAUGUUUUUGUUGACGAACAUAACCGACACAAAAGACUCAAAGUCAUGCGAGCCUGUAAUGGUUGCAGGAAGCGGAAAAUCAAGUGUGAUGCUGCUACAACCAAUACAUGGCCAUGCUCAGCAUGCACUCGCUUGAAACUUGUAUGCGUCCCACCAACGGUUGGACAAGACAAUGAUUACUUCGCUGGACCAAGUAUCGAACCGAAUCCUGCUGGUUCUUUAACUACCUCUAAUGCACCGGAAUCAUCGGCUUCUUCAUUUGCGGUGUCGCAAGGCUUCAGAGAUAAUGGUCAACAUACUGCAGGGCAUAUCCACUCUUACAACGAUGACCUCAGUGUGUAUGCACAAUUCGCACAACCUGCUCCUAGUCAGGCCGGCACUUAUGACCUACGGUCGUCACAUAUUCCUGUAUCCGUUUCGCAUCAUGCCUAUCAACAACCACCAGGUUUCACGGAUGAGCAUGCGCAGAAUUUCGGCGCUGCCGACAGGGAUGUCUUUUCUGAACACGAUCCAUCAACUGCUGAGAACCUAAGUGAGGUUCUCGGCGAACUUAGAAUAGAUGAAAGCGGCAUUGCGCCCUAUAUAAGGCAACAAAGAAGAGAGAAGGCCGAACCGGAAAUUCCAACGCAGGAUGAUGCAGAUGAAAAACUUCCCCCUCUCAGUACCGGCGCCGGUUCCACCAUACGUAUUCCACCUGAACUAAUGCCAUCUGAUGAUGAGGUCAUGAAGUAUUUCAAGAUUUAUUUUGACGAUAUACACCCCUAUGUUCCGGUUGUCCAUAGGUCUCAUCUUUACUUCCAGUGGCAGCACGAAAGAAGCUCUAUUUCACCGCUACUACUUGAGGCGAUGUUUGCAUGCGCUGGAAGGUUGUCGGACGAUCCAGCUCAGGGAGCCCAAUGGCUUGCGUUAGCCAAUAGACACGAAUCCAGCUUCAUGGAUGAGCCGCGCUUGAGCACAAUUCAGGCAUUACUCUUACUUCUUAAGGCUCGAGAAUCACGGCCAAAGAAAGGCUAUUACUACCGUUCUUGGCAAACUGUUAAGACCAUUGUCUCAAUGGCUAAAGAUCUGGAUAUACAUGAGCACAACAACAUUCAUACAGAGCAACGGUCCUGUGAUUUGAGUCCUGUCGAAUGUUUGGUGCAAACAAGAGUGUGGCAAGCUCUCCUAGUCGUCGAAGUCAUGAUCGGUGCGCCCCAGGGCCGCUCGGAUUAUGGUGUGGACCCUGGCACUGUGAACAUGAGCCCGACACUGGAUAUCAGAGGCCUUGACCAAUUUGAGAUUGAUCGAUCUAGGCAGUAUGCCUAUUUUGUCAAGAACGCAUCCCAUAUCCGCACCAUUGCAGACAUAUACCAUAAGAUUAAGAAGCAGAAGGACUGGGGGGCAAACCCUAAAUUCGUCGAGAAGAACCCUUUAUUCACUGAUUGGCUUCAGAGCCUGCCGCCCGACCUACAAGUGAAUUAUCCGCCCGACGGUUCGCCCCCUUGGAUACCUUCUCAUUUCAUUGGGAAUAUGCAUUCCCACUGUCAUCUCGGGAUCAUUUUGCUUCAUCGACCUCAACUAUUAGCAUCAAAAUCUUUUACAGCCGGAGGCGGCUGGAAGAUGCACAUGGCACUAUGUUAUUCUUCUGCCAAGUACUUAUGUAGACUACAGGAAGCCAUUUUGAACCGCUUUGGCCUUUCUGGCCUCCUUUUCAUGCAAAGAGGCAUUAAUUUCACAAUCUACACAGUCUUGACCUGCACCAUGCUACACCUCGUUGCGAUAACUUCUCCAGAUCCGAAUUUUCACACGGACGCCAGAGAGUACUUUACGCGACAUAUGCGAAUCCUUGAGCGUUGUUCAACUGCUUGGCCCAUGCCAGAAUUACAAGCCCAAAUUGAUUCAUUGCGUUUUGCAUUUUCUGCUGAUGUCAGUCGACCAUUCGAAUUGAAACCGACCUUUCCAUAUGGUAGUCCCUCGGAGCCAUACCAUCCGAGUCCGUCUUCAGAUUCAAGCUACGGUCCUCAGCUGAACCAAGCCUCCAAUUUACCGAGUAGAGUGGGUCAUGCAGCAUAUCAACUUACUCCUCCAAUGUCUACUGAUACUAAAGAGUCAAAGUCCGAUUCGUCCCAGCUUCAGCCCUUGGGGUUAAUCCCAUCUCAAUCGAUUUCAAGCCACACUAUAGACGCGCCUCUAGUUGAUGAGAAUAGCUGGGACCCUACUCGCAUCAUCAAUCAAUGGGACAUGGCAUUUUCUAUCGGACCAUCCACUGUCCAUACCAAUUCACCGCCAAUGGCCAUGAGCAAUUCCUCGCAGGCAAUACAGUCAUCUAUCACAGGUUCAUUUCCCAUUCAAUACGGACCUCCUGCUACAAAGAUUGCCCCAAUUGCGUCUUCUCAGUCGCUCCCGCAAACUCAAUUCACAGGACAACAAGUACUUUUUACUGCCCGUGACUGGCAGCAAAGCGUUGCCAGCGUGUACGACCCUAAUGGCUUGAAACGACGCUGGAACUAUUCUAUCGAUAUGGGCGCGGAGGAGGUUUCAAAACGACAACUUCCAUGAGCUUUAUGAAAAGCCGAUAAGUUAAAUCAGCACUAGGUACUGCCGUGUUCAGCUGGUCCUGGUCCCGAUACAAUAGGUUUCUAUUGAAAUUCUAUUGAGUUGGCCGUCGAUUUCUUUCUUCCCCUUCCACC